CUUAGAUUUCAAUUCUGCAAUUUUCUUCUGUGUUUUCUUUCAAAACCACAUCAUUUCUUCACCUGGAUAAGCCAUGGUGGGCAGUUACUUUGUACUUAUUCUGGUGGGAGGUAGCAGGUACCCGGUGGAAUAGUCAGAGGCAUGCGCAAGCUGGUUCGGACCCCAACGUUGAAAAAAAUUUGAAUUUAUUGUCCAAAAUUACAAAAUUUGCCUGAGAAAUUUGUUAAAGUUGAGUAAUUUAAUGUGUACUAUAGUGUUCAUGGAAGUUCGGUGUACAUUGAUGGCUGACGGUCAUGAUAACGAUAAGAAUAUCGAGAUAUGGAAGAUCAAGAAACUUAUAAAGGCACUUGAAGCUGCUCGAGGCAAUGGUACCAGCAUGAUUUCUCUUAUCAUGCCUCCACGGGAUCAAGUAUCUAGGGUCACUAAGAUGCUUGGAGAUGAGUUUGGAACUGCAUCGAACAUUAAAAGUAGAGUUAAUCGUCAAUCUGUGUUGGGUGCAAUCACAUCUGCUCAGCAGAGGCUUAAACUCUAUAACAAGGUUCCACCAAAUGGGCUUGUGCUUUACACUGGAACGAUCAUGACUGAAGAUGGGAAAGAGAAGAAGGUUACAAUUGAUUUUGAGCCCUUCAGGCCCAUUAAUGCAUCUCUAUAUCUUUGUGAUAACAAGUUCCACACAGAAGCCCUGAAUGAACUUUUGGAAUCUGAUGACAAGUUUGGAUUUAUUAUAAUGGAUGGAAAUGGGACACUUUUCGGGACAUUGAGUGGCAAUACCAGGGAGGUUCUUCACAAGUUUAGUGUUGAUCUGCCCAAAAAACACGGAAGAGGAGGACAGUCAGCACUGCGUUUUGCUCGUCUUCGGAUGGAGAAACGGCACAACUAUGUGAGGAAAACAGCAGAGCUUGCAACCCAGUUUUAUAUUAAUCCUGCCACCAGUCAGCCCAAUGUUUCAGGCCUGAUACUAGCUGGAUCAGCUGACUUUAAGACAGAGCUUAGCCAGUCUGAUAUGUUUGAUCCUCGUCUUCAGGCAAAAAUAUUGAAUGUGGUCGAUGUUUCUUAUGGAGGAGAAAAUGGUUUCAAUCAAGCAAUUGAGUUGUCUGCUGAGAUCUUGGCCAACGUGAAAUUUAUACAAGAGAAGAAAUUGAUAGGCAAGUAUUUUGAGGAGAUUAGUCAGGACACUGGGAAGUAUGUUUUUGGGGUUGAUGAUACCUUGAAAGUUCUGGAAAUGGGUGCUAUUGAGACCCUUAUUGUGUGGGAAAAUCUGGACAUGACUAGGUAUGUGCUGAAAAAUAACACUUCUGGAGAAACAGUCAUCAAACACUUGAAUAAGGAGCAAGACACUGUCCAAAGUAACUUCCGCGACCCUGCUACGAAUGCAGAAUUAGAAAUUCAGGAUAAAUUGCCACUGCUUGAGUGGUUUGCAAAUGAGUACAGGAGGUUUGGUUGUAGUCUGGAGUUUGUUACCAAUAAAUCACAAGAAGGAUCUCAGUUUUGCCGUGGUUUUGGUGGCAUUGGAGGGAUUCUCCGCUACCAGCUUGAUGUUCGUGCUUUUGAUGACCUUUCUGAUGAAGGUGAAUUUUAUGAAGAUUCUGACUAGCAAUUAAGCAACUUCAC